UCUUCUACGUUUCUCCGGGCUCAGAUUUGCUAUACUGUAAUGACCACGCAGAUCUGACCACCUUAGCCCGCAGCUGUUACACUGCCUGGUUCGGUCUCGCUGGCAGUUCCCUGUUUCUUUGUUCUCUUUGUUCUCGCUCGUACUCUCAAGACGAACAUCUCAUCUCAACCUAUCAGCUACGCUGCUCACAUCUCGACCUAUCAGCUACGCUGCCCACACGUCAUUCAACCUGGUUUCAUGCAGAGUUCUCUUGCUCUCGCUCUGCCCUCGUCAUCUCGCUCCUCUUGCAAUCCGCUCUCCCGCAUGAGCCUGAUGGAUAUAAGAGGACAGCCUUCUGCUGUCUUCUGCUCUUUAGUUUACAAUUCAUUAUCUACCCUUAGUCCUUGUCAAAGUCCUGUCCUCAGCGCAAGCCAUCUUCGUCCCUCAUCACCUAGAUCCUUACAUAUACACAUGUCCCAGCGUUGAUACUGUUCAUCGGCGAUGGUGUGCGCCUAUCUUGUUGCUUGCCUCAUCUUGCUGUAGCUGGUUGUGCGAACCAUGACCUUCUCUUGACCGAGACACUCUCAUAUGCGCCUCCACAUACAACUAGAGCUCUACUCGCAGGGGAACGCGCACGCUUU